GUAACAUUCCUCGGAUUAUAGCUUUCCGUUGUGAAAGCGUGUUUAUGUUAGGUGGCUGGUGGAAGUCAUUGAUCUAAAUACAUUAUGGCGGGGAGACCGUUUUUGAGGUUACCGAUAUUUCAAGAGCCAACGUGUCUGAUAAGCACUUCGGAGGAUGGAAAACUGCAAGUUGAGCAGGGACCUUUGAAGCAGAUAGGACAGAUAGAUGCACCCUUGGUUGCGGUAGCGAUAGCGGGGCUGUACCGUACUGGAAAAUCUUACCUUUUGAACCGGUUAGCUGGUUCAAGCUCAGGAUUUCCUCUUGGAAAAACUAUCGAGUCUAAAACCAAAGGAAUUUGGGUGUGGUGCAGAGAACAUCCUAAGAAGCCAAACACUGUUCUUCUGCUGCUGGAUACAGAGGGUCUGGGGGAUGUUGAAAAGGGUGACAGUGGCCAUGAUAACAGGAUUUUCACUAUAGCAGCUUUGUUAAGCAACGUGCUUGUGUACAACAUGAUGUCAGCUUUCAAUCAAGACGCAGUAGAAAAACUAACUUUUAUAACAGAAAUGUCAAAGAAUAUCCGAUUCAGUAAUGCCAAGGAUGGUAUUAAUGAUGAAGAGUUGGGACUUAUCCUACCAAAGUUUGUCCUAUGUCUACGUGAUUUCAACCUAGUUCUUGUAAAAGAUGGAAAAACGAUUACAUCCGACGAAUACCUGGAAAACAGCCUGCAACUUAAAUGUGGAAAUGAUAGUUUUAUAAUGAAGUACAACAGGCCUAGGGAAUGCAUCAGAAAAUAUUUCCGUACACGCAAGUGCUUCGUAUUCGACAGACCUGGUGACAGAAAUACCAUGCAAAAUCUAGAAUCAGUGCCAUUUGAAAAAUUAUCCGGGUCCUUUAUUGAGGAAACUGAACUCUUUUUGAAGUAUAUGUACACCUGCGACCCCAAAGUUCUGAUCAGCAGUAAAGCGGUUAACGGGAGAAUGUUUGUGUCACUGGUUGAAAAUUACUUGAAUGCGAUACGAAAUGGGGCGGUUCCAGACGUCGAUGACGCGAUCACGGUUGUGGCAAAUAUCGAAAAUGAACGGAUGGCCUCCGAAGCAGUACAGCUAUUUAAGCAGAUGAUUGAAAAAAUACAACUCCCAAUUCUGCACACUAGCAACUUUGAGGAGCUUUACCGGCGCACACAAAAAGCCGCUCUUGAAAAAUUCAGAUCUGAGUCCAUGUUUAAUUCUGAGAGGUUUGAAAAGCAAGCAGUGUUGGAGAUGGAUGAACUGUGGGGAAAAAUAAAAACGGAAAAUCUUCAGUUAGUUCGAGAACACUGUGAACGCCUGAUGCAAGCAUUAUACUGUAAACAUGUAGGAGAGAAGAUGAGUAGGAAAGAAUACCAAGUGGCAGGUGGCUAUCCAUUGUACAAGAUAGAUAUAGAUGCUACAAAGAAGGACUACAUGGUUCAUGUGAAAGGCAUCGAUGAAUACGAGGCACAACAAGUUCUGAUAAGUUUCAUGGACAAAGAAGCCGAAACUGAAAGUAACAUCAUGUUGGAAGACAAGAAAAUGUCUGAAGAAGAUAGGAAGAGAGAGCUGGAGAGAAUACAUACAGAACAUAAGGAAGCUCAAGUGGAACAGCGAAAACUAUUUGAAAGUAAACUGGAAGAAGAGAAAGAGCGUGCUGAAGAACAUCAAAGAAAAAUGGAAGAGGAACGUAAAGCUUAUAUGAAGAAACAAGAAGGAAAGUUGGCAGAUAUUCAGCAUCAAUGGGAUCAACAAAGGGAAAUCAGUGAAACAGAGAUUAAAAUGAUGCGAGAAGAAAAUAAAGCCCAGAAGAAGGAAUUUCAGGAGAAAAUCAACAAAAUGGCUGAUGACCAUAAAAAGAAAGAGGAAGAAAACAGGAAAAGGUUUGAUCAAAUGUUGAUGGAAGAAAAUGCAAAGGCAGAGAAACGCAUUGAGGAUGUACGAGAUCAAUUUAAAAUUAUGUUUGACGCUGAAUCAAAGAAAAGUGCAGAAAUGGAGAAGAAUUUACAGCUGCAAAUGCAAAAACUAGAGAUGGAAAAGAAAAAUCAGAAAGAAAUAGAGGAAAGUUAUCAACGGAAAAUCGAAGCGUGUGAUUCGAAAAUUGAAACUUUGAUGAAGGACAAGGAAAAUAAAAUGAAUGAAGAAAUCGAGCGACUUAGAAAAGAACGUGACGAAUACAAAAAGGAAGCAGAAUCGUCCAGGUUUUCAUUAAAGGACAUUGUUGAAAUUGGUAUAGAAAUUUUGAAACCACCGAUUGUGGGAGACAUUAUUAAAACAUGUGGUAAAAAGUAAAUUAAUAUUUUACUAAAAGCCUCCUGUUGUUCACAAAAUAAAUGGACAACUUAGAUCUAUCAUUUUACUUUUUAAAAAUAUUUUGUGGAAUUUGAUCUUAAUGUGAGUAACAGACACUACAAAGUUACAUUUGCUAAUUUAAGUAGCAACAAAGAGGUUUAUCGCUUGACUGCAUAAAUCGUAAUGCUAAUAAGGUAAUGUCUUUCCAGAAGAAGAUUCUCUGUUGUCAAGUGAUUAGAUUAGGAUGGAAACGUGACAUGGAAUAGACAACCUUGACGGGGUAUAUUGGCUGUCAUAUAUCUUCUACACUUUGAUCUUUUAUAUGUAUGAUAAAAUGUGUUACAAAAGAUAAGUACAUUAAAGCUCAGGUUUCAGGUUGAAAAAAAAGUAUGAAUUGUU